CUCCUCUCCUUUCCUCUUCUCUUCUCUCUCUCUCUCUCUCUCUCUCUCUCUCUCUCUCUCUCCUCCAAAAAGCCACACACACACACCUUUCUCCUCCUCUUAAUUUCCUCCUCCUCAUCCCACAACCUCAACCAAAGAGAAAUCACUUUAGCCUUUUCCUUCUCAUCACACACCAAUCCAUCUUUUGAUUCAGCAAAGACGAAGAUUCAGAAGCAACCUCAGAAGAACUUCAGAAAGAGAGAAAAAAAAAAAGCACAAAAGAAAGAGAAAUCAGAAAGUUUAAAUAUACACAACAAUCAUGGAUUCUACUACAAGUGGUAGCGUGCAAUCGUCGAGUGGCGGCGGCGGAGGCGGCGGCAGCAGAGGCGGCGGUGGCGGCGACGAAGAGUACACCUCGCAACCCGACUUCCUCUCUUCUUUCUUAACCCUCCCACCACCACCACCACCAUCCUCCUCCACAUCACACCUCCUCCACCACCACCACCACCACCACCACCCUUCUCCCUCCUUCGACUCCUUCUCCACCUUCCUCGACCCCCUCCCACACUCUCUCCCUCAAAACCCUAGCCCACCAUCCACCAAUCCCUUCCCCCAUUCCCCCUCACUGUUGCCCAACCCGAGUUGCACCACCACCGCGGCCUCCUCGGGCCAACACCCCGACCAACCGGACCGGCCGGCCGCCCCCGGCCCGGCCCGAGCUUCCAAGAAGCGGCCGAGAGCGUCGCGUCGGCCGCCCACCACCGUGCUCACCACCGACACGUCCAACUUCCGCGCCAUGGUGCAAGAAUUCACCGGCUUCCCCGCGCCGCCUUUCUCCUCCUCCUUCGCCCGCCCGCGUCUCGACCUCUUCCAGUCGCCGUAUCUUCUCCGGCCCUUUGCCCAAAAAAAUCACGCUUCCACAUUUGCUCCCAUUAAUAGCAGCAGCAGCGGCAGCACUGCUUCCACUAUGGUCGACGCUAUUGCUUCUAUUGCGAGGAACAGUUUGGUUAAUUUGAACACACUUUUAGCUUCAACCAGUGCAACUUCCGCGAGCGUGCCUAUCGAUCUCCAACACCCAAAUCUCCCGUCGUUCGCUUUACAGUCUCAACCGACCAUUCCCAAAGAGUUCGCGGUCGGAGAUCUCGGAAGCUUCGUCGGAUCGGAGAGUCUCAUCAAACCGGCCCAUCGGACGUCGAACAGUUUGUCAAUCUGGGCUGAUGGUUUAGGAUUAGACGGUGGCGAUCGUGAUCCAUUGAUCGGAUCAGAAUCGGCAGCUGCAAAGAGAUCAAACGACGUCGACAAAGGGCGACGGUAACGCCGCAGCGCAGAUUUUUCUUCGCAGUAUCAAGAGAUAAGUAUGUUGAUAGUAACAGGUGGUGAAAUGAAAGAAAGGGAAAGGGUUUAGUGGGUGGAGGAGAAUUUGAUCUUUGCUUCUACAACACAACCACCACGAAUAGUCCGUAUAAAAAUACAUGGCUUUAAUUUGCUCCUCUUUUUGUGUAUGCUAAGUAUAUCGUUUCUUUUACUGGAUGAGAAGUUCAUCUUAAAAUGCAUCUUCUUAGUAAAAGGACACGCUUUUCCAUUCAAAAAAAAGGACAGCUUUUGACAAUUUUGUUUGAUUAUUACACGUCUUUAUCAAACUAUACUAAUCCAUUUUCUCUUUUUAUUUCCUGUGAGAGGCCUAACUAAUGUAUGUUACAUUGUAAUAAUCACAGUGUACUUUACGUAUCUAUAUUUCAAUUUGAGACCUCUCUUCAUCUUUCAUUUUCCAUUACAGUUCUUAUGUAUAAUUAAUUCAAGUUAACUAGUCGCGUUUAUUCUAAUUAAUUGAUGCUUUUUUGUUUU